AUGCCGCGCUUUUCCAUGAUCCAAGAUUCAGCGCUGUCGAGCAAGCGCAGCAGCACGGCGUCGACGUCGGCGUCGUCGGCUUCAGGUGCUUCGCGCAGGAGAGCGCGCGUCGCCAGCGAUUCCGAGCAGGACGAGAGCCCGAUGGACAGCGGCUUGACGGAAUCGCAUGCAUCUGGCGCAAGGCAUGCUACUCGAGGCGGCCGCGAGCAGACCGACGGUGGCAGUCGCGCGGCGGCGAGCUCGGCGGCGUUCAGCGGCGGGAGCGCCCAUUUGGCGGGAAAAGUGAAACAUGCAAGCAAGCACGACGACGGCGACGAUGAUCAAGCGCCGUUCAACGCCGGCCAACGCGCCGUGCAGCAAGCACGAUCGCAAGAGUCACAGCAAGCAAACGCAGCCCGGCAUCGGGACAAGCGCGCUCGGCAGGACGACUCGUCGGACGGCGAGCAUCCUGCCAAUCUCAACAAUCAUGGCUCCACUGCUGCUGCUGCUGCUGCUGCUGCGACUACGUCGUCGUCAACUGGUGGCAUCAAGACCUCGUCGAGCCAGUCAGAGAAAUCCAGCGGCUAUGGCGGAUCGCGGAGUGCUGGACGAGCCGCGGAGCAUGCCUCGGCGAACGGCCAAGCCGAAGGCGACGAUGAUGACGACGAUGAUGAAGCCAACAUCAUGUCCAUCUUGAUUACAACCGAUAACCAUAUCGGCUAUUUGGAAAACGAUCCGAUUCGUGGGAACGACUCGUUCAUGACGUUCGAGGAGAUUUUGCUCCUUGCUCAAGAAGAAAAUGUGGACUUUAUCCUUUUGGGCGGAGAUCUAUUCCACGAAAAUAAGCCAUCCCGCAACACGCUGCACAACACAAUCAAGCUUCUCCGCAAUUAUUGCAUGGGAGAUCGUCCAUGUAGUGUCCAAGUGCUGAGCGACCCCAAGCAAAACUUUCCAUCCAACAUGGGAGGCACUGUCAACUACCUCGACCCCAAUUUCAACAUUGGGAUGCCAAUCUUUACCAUUCAUGGCAAUCACGACGAUCCUGCCAGCGAUGGCUUGUCCGCAAUGGACCUUCUGAGCGGGAUCAACUUGGUCAACUACUUUGGACGUGUCAAGGAGAUUGACAAUAUUACCGUUUCGCCCGUCUUGCUCCAAAAGGGACAAACCAAGCUGGCGUUGUUUGGCCUGGGUGCAGUGCGAGACGAGCGGCUCCAUCGCACCUUCAACAACAAGCAAGUCCAAAUGCUUCGGCCCGAAGAAGAUCAGGACGAGUGGUUUAACAUGUUUGUACUCCAUCAAAACCGUUGCAAGCAUGGCCCGACAAACUACAUCCCAGAAGUCUUCCUCGACGACUUUCUAGAUCUUGUACUUUGGGGACAUGAGCACGAGUGCCGCAUCCAACCCGAGCAAAGCACGAACGGGUUUGAGGUCAUUCAGCCAGGAUCAAGCAUUGCGACAUCGCUUGCGGAAGGCGAGUCUGUGCGCAAACACGUCGGAAUUCUCCGCAUCAAGAAGCGCUCGUACGCUCUCAAAACCAUACCGUUGCGGACUGUUCGACCGUUUUACAUGCAAGACAUUGUGCUCUCGGAGGAAGGUCUGUUGCCGUCCAGGCCUGACGACGUCGUCCAGGUUCUUGCUGACCGGGUGAACGAGCUCAUUGCCAAAUGCGACGAAGAGCACGGAAACGAUGAGAUUGUCAUGAAGCCACUGAUUCGGCUGCGUGUCGAGUACUCUGGGGGAUUUCAGAUGACCAACAUUCAGCGGUUUGGCCAGCAGUUUGUCGAGCGUGUGGCCAACCCCAAAGACCUGCUGCAGUUCUAUCGCCGGCGCGCCUCGCACGUCCCAGGCCAACGCGGUGGCAUUCCCGAGCCCGACUCGCAUGCCGAUGAGCACGAUAGUGCCGCGCGUCAGCGGUCAGAGCUCGAUGCUUCGCGCAUGCAAGAUCUUGUCAAUGACAUUCUGGCGCGCUCCAAACAGCCGCUCGAGUUGCUCAGUGAGCAAGAUCUGGGUACCGCGGUUCACGCCUUUGUUGAAAAGGACGAAAAGGAGGCCAUUCGCGAGUACGUGCGCAGUGCUUGCACAUGGGCCUGGGGGUUUGGGGUUUGA